UGAGCUGCAGUUCAGGGCUCCACUUCCCAUAAGCUCUUUCUGUUGGUUGAGACUUAUAGUCAUCUAACUUUCUCUCCUUUUCUCUUUUUCCUUCCCUUAUUUCAGAAGAUCUACUGCAAGCAAACACAAGAGCAAUAUCCAAUAAUUGAUUUCAUCGCCUUCCAUCUUCAAGAAACUAACCAAAUAGCUGAGUUUCUUCAGUGAAGCUGCCAAUGUAUUCUGCAGGAGUAGAGAUCCUUGGGGUGACCUUGUGCGCGAUGGGGUGGCUAGGCGCUAUGACUGCCUGUGGCCUGCCCAUGUGGAGGGUGACAGCCUUCAUUGGCCAGAACAUUGUGGUAGCACAGGUUAUCUGGGAGGGCCUCUGGAUGAACUGUGUGGUUCAGAGCACAGGGCAGAUGCAGUGCAAAAUUUAUGAUGAGAUACUAGUUCUUCCACAGGAUAUUCAAGCAGGACGUGCCCUUACCCUAAUGUCCAUCUUGACAGCUUUCUUUGGGAUACUGAUUUUCAUUGUUGGAGCAAAAUGUACCAACUGUAUGGAGGCCACUGAAAUUAAACCAAAGAUCAUUGUCACCGCUGGAAUUGUCUUCAUAAUUUCAGGGUUCCUGAUGAUCAUCCCUGUUUCCUGGUCUGCCAACACUAUUGUCAUGCAAUUCAAUGACCCAGAUCUAGAAGAAGAUCAGAAAAGGGACAUGCAUACUAUGGCUUCUGUGGGUCUGGAAAUACUUGGAGUGGCUCUUUCUGUUGUUGGGUGGAUUGCAAGCAUUGUUUCCUGCGUGCUGCCAAUGUGGAAGGUAACAGCAUUCAUCGGCAUGAGCAUAGUGACUGCUCAGAUCACAUGGGAAGGCAUAUGGAUGGAAUGUGUGGUGCAGAGCACUGGCCAGAUGCAGUGCAAGAUAUACGACUCAAUGCUGGCUCUCCCUCAAGACCUACAAGCUGCCCGUGCCUUGAUGGUCAUUACAAAUGUUUUGGCCUUCUUGGGUAUUUUGGUUUCCAUUGUCGGCGCCAAGUGCACCAACUGCAUUGAAGAAGAAGGAGCCAAAGCCAAAGUCAUGAUCCUAGCUGGGGUGGUAUUUAUAAUUGCCUCCAUCAUGGAGUUAAUCCCUGUUUCUUGGUCUGCUAACCAAAUAAUCAGGGACUUCUACAACCCUAUUGUGCCCGAAGGAAGAAAGAGGGAGAUUGGUGCAUCUUUGUACAUUGGCUGGGCCUCUUCAUGUCUCCUGCUACUUGGAGGUGCCAUCCUCUGCUGCUCAUGUCCACCCAAGGAAACCAAGUAUGUUCCACCCCGAAUGACCUACUCUGCUCCUAGGUCAGUAGCUCCAAGUGGCUAUGACAAAAAGGACUAUGUUUGAAAUGACCAGCUGGCUUGCAAGUCGAUAACUUUUCAUUUUAUUCCUCUGACUCCAGCCUACAGCCUUUCUUCUGAGGAGAAGCCUUUGUUAUUAAUUCACAGCCAGGCAUCUGCAUUGGGGUAACAGCCUUAGCCUGAUAGUGGACUUGCACUGACUUCCACAAGAAUGACUGUGGCAGGUUCAUGAAGAGACACCUGUGGCCUCUUCUCAUCUGCUCUCUCAAAGUCCUGUGACAGUUGCUCAGGGGCAGCAGAGGAGUAGCCACCAGGUUAUGAAAAUGGGCAAGGAUUCUGUAACGAAUGAUACAUGGGUUUCCUGAGCUAUUAGUAAAUGCCUGUAAGUGUGUUUCUGUUUACUGAUAACAUUUUGUUAAAGAAAAUGAAAACCAUUUAUACUGUUUAAUUUAUAUUUUAUUUGCAGCCUUCAUUUUCUUACUCUAAUGUCACAGAAGGUCAGUCAUUUUUUAAAGAUUUUCUUGUGUAAGUAGCCAUUGGGUUUUGAAUUGUUCAUGGUACUCAGUGUACAAACAAAGGUGUCAGCCUUGUGACUCAGCAACAGGCAGCAAAAUGCAUCCUCCUUUUCCGCCACUCAGCUUCACUUCAUUUUGCUAUUUUUAUAAAGUCAGUGCUAAAUGUAAGUAUAUAGACUCUUUUGUCCAAGAAGCUGAGUGACAUUUUAAAGUUUCUGCUGUUUGUUCUGCUUUUCUAUUAGAAUAUCAAAAUUUUCAAAAUAAAACAAUUAUUUUCCUGUUGUCAUUUGCCUAUUUUUAGUACGCAUACAUAAUUGUAAUGUAAUGUAGAUAAUGGAUACAUAAUUAAAGCCAUUUUUUACAGUAUGCAUUUAUAUAUUGAUAUUCUCUCCUGAAAAUUUGAUUCUAAAAAUGGAUUAUAUCUACGCAUAUGUUAAUUACAGACAUGAUCAAAUAUA